AUGCACACAACGCAAACCAAUAAUAACCAAAAUGGUGUUAGCCACAUUGGUACUACUUCGUCUGUCGACACAGAAGACAACAAUGACUUUAUAUUGGCGAAUACAAGCAAAAGCAGACCAAACUGGGUACGACGACGAAUUCAUGGUGCAUGUUCCAAGAAAACCCUCUAUAAAAGAAUCCCAAUUCUGGGCUGGAUACCACAAUACAAUAAGAACUGUGCGCUUUCUGAUUUUGUAGCGGGAGUCACCAUUGGUUGUACAGUGAUCGCCCAGGGUCUAGUUUUCGCCAUGGUUGCUGGGGUACCACCACAGUACGGACUCUACACUUCCUUUAUGGGUUGCUUCGUCUACGUAGUUUUUGGUACUUGUAAAGCCAGUGCAGUAGGACCUAGUAUUAUGACAGCAGUACUAAUUUUCGAAACUAUUGGGGGAAAAGGGCCACAAUAUGGUAUACUUUUGUCCUUCCUGACCGGACUAAUUCAACUUCUGUUAGCUGUUUUGGGCUUCGGUUUUCUGAUAGACUUCAUUUCGACACCUGUUAUGUCGGGUUUCGCUUGCGCAGGAGUCCUGUUUACAGCAACCACUCAAAUCCAUAACCUGUUUGGAAUGAAAGCGCCAAAUCGUAACUUCAUACCAACUUGGGUAGAUUUUAUUACCAACAUUAGUCAGACUAAUUUUAAAAUCUGGGACACCGUUCUUGGAAUCACCUGCUUACUGAUAUUAGUACUAUUGAAAGUUCUAGAAAAAAUUCUAGUACCACUUGGCAAGCUACAAAAAUUGUUUAGUGCAAUAAAUAUUGCAGGUAACUUAAUUGUCAUCAUAACCACUACUAUCAUUAGUUACUAUGUUGGAGAGAACGAGGAGACACCGUUUCGUCUAACUGGAUACGUACCAUCAGGGUUACCAACUAUACAGGUUCCUCCUUUCAGUUACCAAACUGUGUCCAACGCAACGACGACGUUCCGGGAAAUGGUUGCAGAUCUUCAUCUAGCGAUUUUCGUGAUACCUUUCAUGGGGUUCCUUGAAACCAUCACGGUCUGUAAAACAUUCAAUGAAGACGCACUUUCUGUAGAUGCCACACAAGAAUUUCUAGCCAUAGGUUUAUCCAACGUGAUGGGUUCUUUUCUGCAAGCACUACCAUGCUCUGCUGCUUUGGGUAGAAGUGCCAUCAACUACUCCAGUGGGGUUAAAACCACACUCGGAGGUUUAUACACCGGGGUACUUGUUCUACUAGCACUGGUUUACCUCACACCGUACUUCUACUACAUUCCAAAAGCAACUCUAGCAUCCGUAAUCAUUGCGGCUUGUACUUCGGUACUGAAAGUCGAGGUGGUGAAGCAGAUGUGGCGAACCAAAAAAAGUGACUUGAUACCAGGGUUGACCACUUUCGUGGUGUGUUUAACUUGGUCUCUCCAGUACGGGAUUCUGAUGGGUGUGGGGGUUGAUUUGUUGUCCAUCGUGUACCACGCAGCAAGACCGAAAAUUUAUAUGCAGAAGACAAAAAGUUCGAAGGGGAUAAAAUAUUUGUUGGUAACGCCAGAUCGGUGGUUAGUUUUUCCCUCGGUCUACUAUGUCAAAAAUUUGGUUACUAAGUGCUCGGUACGACACGGGGUUCCAGUUGUUUUGGAUUGUUCUCACAUUUAUGGGGCUGAUUAUACAGCUGCUAUUGUCAUCAGGAAUUUAAUACAGGAUUUUGUAAAGCGACACCAGCCACUAUUUUUCUAUAAUCUUAGACCUAGUGUUAGUUAUAUAGUGAGUAGUUUAUCAGUCAAGGACUUCUUCGUUUACUACAAUCUGGACGAAUUUGACGACGUUUUGAAGACGUGGUGUGCAAACAAAGAGAGUGUGAGAGGGCAGAAAAAUCAACUCUAUUAG